CAGAUGCUGCUGUAAUGAGGCUUCUAAAAUGGAGGAUUACAUCACGACAUCAUUCAUGGAGUUGGUGAGUCUAAAUUUAGCCGUUAUCUGUCACGGCAGUGAGAGAAUAGGACGACAAAUGAGUAACUGCAAGUGUCAGCGGAGGCCAGAUAAAAGCACUGGCAUUCAAGCCAUUUUCCUCAGCAUGACCACAAGUGCCACGCCCGGCAUCCUCUCCUCCUGUCAAGCGCUCAGUGAGGAAAGCCAAUGAAAAGAUGCAGGAGCCGAGCCCCUGGUGAAGGAGACAGUGACCUGGCCGUGAAGAUGGGCGCGAGACAGGUGGCUUCAUGGUUGGUGCUGCUCUGCUUCAUCUCAGGUCGGACAUCGUCCGGCGCCGCUCUGGAUGUGUGCGCCUCCUGCCACGUUAACGCCACAUGUGACCACAAGCCGAACGGCUCAGGGAAAGAGUGCAACUGUAGAUAUGGCUUCGUUGGAAACGGCUUGACUUUCUGCCUUGACAAAGAUGAGUGUCAGCUCGGAGCCAGAAGGAUCUGCGGUCCUCACACCACCUGUCACAACACAUUCGGCAGCUACUACUGCACCUGCCUGGAGGGAUACAGCCCUACCAACAACAUGAACAGCUUCAUCCCCAACGACGGGUCCAAAUGUCAGGACAUCGACGAGUGCAGAGUGGAAGGCCUGUGUGGACGAGGAGCUCUCUGCACUAACCUGGAGGGAAGCUUUGAGUGCAGAUGCCAGCUGGGCUUCACAGUCUUCAACGGAAGAGAACCCUUCCACCCCCAGAAGGACUUGUCCACCUGCAGAGAGGUGAGCUGUGGGCCGCCGCUGAUGCCGUACAACAGCACGCUGUGGUCGGCCACCGGAACCUCUUAUGGAGACGCCGUCACCUUGGUGUGUGAGGAGGGAUUCCUGUGGAGGGGCGGAGACAACACGUCUGUGUGUGGAGCUGACGGACACUGGAGCAAGCCCAGCAUCAUCUGUGAGGGGGUGGACUGUGGCUCCCCUCCAACGUUCCCUCACGCUCACAUGCUGUGGAACCAGAGGUCACUGCUGAACAGCAAAGUCUUUUAUCACUGUGACUCUGGAUAUUAUAACUCUGGAGGAAGCAAUGUGUCCAGCUGUGGAGCUGCUGGACACUGGGAGGGAGCAGAUGUGGUCUGUCAAGAGAUUGAAUGUGGAAGGCCUCCUCUGAUAGAAGCCUCUGACCUCCUGUGGAGUGGUCGCUCAGCUCCAGGAAGCUCAGCAGAGUAUGUCUGUAAAGACGGGUUUAAAAACACAGGAGGAGCGAGUCAGUCGGUCUGUGGUCUGGACGGUGUGUGGACCCGUCCCACGAUGUCAUGUCAAGAGAUUCUGUGUGGAGCUCCUCCACUGCUGCCACACGCUGAGCAUGAUGUAGUCAUCAGCUUCACCCCAGGAAGUACAGCAACCUACCGCUGUCAAACAGGAUUUGACUAUGACGGAGGAGACGGCGUGGCACUGUGUAACACUGAGGGUUCCUGGACUGAGCCCAACAUCUCAUGUUCAGAGGUGAACUGUGGAGCUCCUCCUGAGGUGCCACACUCGCUCCGGCUGUGGGACCUCACGUCCACCGUGGGCUCUCAGGCUCUGUACCAGUGUGUGUCAGGGUACCACAGUGAGGGAGGGCCACAUGUGUCGUACUGUUCCCUCAGGGGCGUUUGGGAGCCGCUCUCUCUGCUGUGUCGAGAAGUCGACUGCCAGCCACCGGCCUUUAUACCCAACAGCAAGCGCCUGUGGGAUGGGACGUCCCACCUCAACAGUGAGGUCCACUACCAGUGUGAGGAAGGGUUCGUCACUCGGGGCCUGAGGAACUACUCACGCUGUGGAGCAGAUGGAACAUGGGAGGACGUUGAUCUGGUGUGUGAAGAGAUCAGCUGUGGCCCCCCACCGACACCCCCCCAUACUAACCUGCUGUGGGACGGCGCCACUCGUCCGGCCAGCAUGGCCAUGUAUGAGUGUGUGACAGGUCUCUACCAUGCCAGCGGGGCCGCUGUGUCCACAUGUCUAACAUCAGGCCAGUGGACCGACGUGUCUGUGGUCUGCAAAGCCAAGUGUGGUCCGGUGCCCGGCCCCGCCCACUCUGAGGUGGUCUGGCAGAACACCACUGUGGCCGUCCACCGGUGUGUGCUGGGGUUCCGCAGCUGGCGAGGCCACGACACCUCGGUGUGCAGCAGCACUGGGGUCUGGCUGGGAGCCACUCUCCACUGUGUGGCGGUGCAGCCUGCGAUCAGCCAUCUCUCUCUGGCGGGAGAAAAGUGUUUACGCUGGCAAGCAGGGAGGCAUGGAGGAGACUCAGAGAUGUACAAGGUCACGUACGUUGGAUCCAGAGACUUCGACUUGGAUUUUCAUGACACAGGAAAACAGUUCCUCCGCUCCAAGUCUUCCCAAGUCCAAGUGUGCCUGAACCUGCUCCCUGUGGCCAACUACACUGUUUACGUCUCUGCAGUCUCUGCCAAGCUCACUGUGGCCAUCACCACCAACACCAGCCUGACAGUUCCUUCUCCCCCGACUGUUUACUACAAAGAGUAUGAGACCCCCGUCCCGACCUUGAGCCUCCGCAGAUCGCCCGACUCUUUGGACUCAAUAAGUGUGUACCAGGUGUUUGUGCUGCCAGUGGGCGACAUCAUGGUGUUCGACUGCUGGUCUCCAGAAGGUCCCAACAGCACCUGGGCCGGGUACAUCACAGCUGUGAUCCAGGUCGGCCGGGUGAAGUCAGAGUACAACUUCACCGUCGGGGACGGACGCUGGUACGGGGGCUACUACAACACGCCCCUGGAGGAGGGCCACAGCUACUACAUCCUCCUGAGAGUCCAGAGUCGGUGGAAGAGGGCCGUGAAAAGCAGCUGCGUGCUCUGGGCUAAAGUCAAAGGCACCUCAUACGUUCUGAAGCUCUCAUUACUGUGCGCUGCCGCCUGCGUCGUGCUGCUGUCCCUCCUGGCUCUGGGCGGAUACUUUCAUUUAUGGUGCGUCCACUUCCGGCUAUGAUCAUGAUCUGCUGGGCAUUUUCUACAUGGUGGUGUUAUAGUAGUCAAAUAAAUAAGGACAAAAUAUAUUUUUUACAUAAUUUUUAAUUCUCAUUUUGCAAUACUAAACAUAUGAUUCAAUGGUUGUCACUGUCAAAUAAAUAUAUUCUAAAUAUGAAUAUAUUAAUAUAUUGGAAACAAAUAAAUGAAAUGAAAAUGAGUAAAAAAAAACGUGUUGCUUAAGUGGGGUGUUCAGUAGUGACUAAAGGACAUUGUUUUCAGCUCAGGAUUUAGUUCGUAAAUCAAAACAUUUGAAGGAACAAGAAAUCAUUGUUUAAUAUUGUUUUUAAAAAUUAAGAAUAAAAAAAAGAAAGUACAGUGGCAUGGUAAUGAAAAGAGGAAGUUAUAAAUGGAGAUUGAGUUUGUAAACAGAACAUAUAACUACAUGAAUAUGAAAGUAAUUUAAGUCUUUAAAUAUCACACCUUGAGACAUUUGGAGAGUUUUCCUUUCGAGAGUUUCACUCCAACCUCAUGAGGCCUCUGGCCUGCAGGUUGCUGAGGUCAGUUUUCAUGGCAACUGAAGAGUGAGGCAGCAUGGUGGUUUCACUUCCUGUUGGGUCUGAUGGACAGUUCAGGGAACCAAUGAUUUCUUUGCAGGAUUUACAUUAAGACGCCCUGAAGUCUGGUCUUUCUACUUGUAAA